AUGCCCUUGAGGGAGAUCCUUGGAGGUGGGGGCGAUGUUGCGGCAGGGGCGGGAGGGGGAGGAGGGAGAGAAGCGGGCGGAGAGGAAGGAGGGGUGGUAGAGGGAGGAGGAGGAGAGGGAGGGGGAGGAGAGGGAGGAGGAGGCGAGGGAGGAGGGGGAGAGGGGGGAGGGGGAGAAGGGGGAGGAGGGGAAGGAGGGGGAGGUGGGGGCGAUGAAGUGGCAGGGGCAGGAGGGGGAGGUGGGGAGGCUACACCCGGAGGAGGAGGUGCUGCGGAAACACCCGGAGGAGGAGGUGCGGCGGAAACACCUGGCGGAGGAGGUGCGGCGGAAACACCUGGCGGAGGAGGUGCGGUGGAAACACCCGGAGGAGGAGGUGUGGAGGAAACACCCGGAGGAGGAGGUGGGGAGGAAACACCCGGAGGAGGCGGUGGGGAAGAAACACCCGGAGGAGGCGGUGGGGAGGAAACACCCGGAGGAGGCGGUGUGGAGGAAACACCCGGAGGAGGCGGUGGGGAGGAAACACCCGGAGGAGGAGGUGGGGAGGCAGUUUGA